CUUAGCCAACGGCGCCAUUAGCGCAUCCAGAGCGUCUGCAACGCCAGUGACGGCCGAGGUGCGACACUAGCAGCAAUGGCAGUCUCGACCUUGAGUGCGCGGACGCUGCUCGGCGUGUGGGGCGUAAGAGUCAUGCAAGGUCGAGGCUUCAGCUCGGAACAGUCCGACCGUGCUGGCGCGAUCCGGGAGGCCGGUGGGGCCUUCGGAAAGAGAGAGGCGGCGGAAGAGGAGCGAUACUUUCGAGAACAGACUAGACAACAACUGGAAGCCUUGAGGAAACUCCAUGAAGAUGAGAUCGUUCAUUCUAAGAAGGAGAUUGAACGUCUGCAGAAAGAAAUUGAGCGGCACAAGCAGAAGAUCAAGAAGCUAAAACAAGAUGAUUAAAUGCACACCAUUAUCAAGAGAAUGGCGACAUAAUCAUUGUCCACUUCUAAUGGACAUAGUUCUGAUUUAAUUAAUAUUGAUCUGUGUGCUGCCAACGGAUUAUAAUAAAUUGUCACCAGUGAA